AUGAUAGUCAGCAUGGAUCAAAUAAACGAGCUGAAGCAGAUAGGAGUAGAGCUGGUUAAGCAGCUGAAGGCCAUCGCCUCUUGUUUGAAGAAAACCAAGGCUAAGGGAAGAGUUGCAUUCAGGGGGGGUAAGGCUACUGCCAAGUUCAAGGUGUGCAAAGCUGUGCCAUCACUGCAGUCGUGUGAAGCUGAGGAUCAGGGCAAGAAGGCAAGUGAUGCAGUUUCUGCGGGUCAAGUGCAAAAGAGCAAGAAUCAAGGCAACGCGGGGAUGAAAGCUGCUAAUAAGUCUGGUCUUCACAAGAGCAAUGGACUGCUCGAGACAACCACAUGUACCAAAGGUGCAGAAACCUCUAAAGACAAGCUGAAGCUGAGUGGAACUAUUGUCAAAGAGCGAAUCCACAGCCGUCUAUGGCAAGAAGAAACUGUCCUUUGGAGUGUUCGCGUUGCUGGCAAGGUUGACACCGGAAAGGCGAUUGGUACGAGUGAAGCCGUGGGGAACCAGGAUGCAUCGGCAUUAAUCACUGUUUUCAAGGAGCUGGUGGAGUGGGUGUGA